GCCGUGCGCAGAGUCAGUUUGCUAACCUACAAGCAGUCGCGAUACCCUUUCUUAGCUCAAACUGGUACCGUACACAAACUACAGUCAGGAUAAGUUAUGGAUGCACAGGCGGGCCCGCUGGGAGAACACGGUGGCCGAAACAUCUUGCUUCCAGACAUAUGGAGGCAUAUCGCCAGCUUCUCCACGCAUAAUGACAUCGUGCUCACAAUCAAGCCCAUUUGCCGGACCCUGCGGGACUUGUUCGCUGACCAGUCUGGCGUGCGUGCCUUUGAGGCCGUGCCCGCCGAUGCCUUCAUCCUCAAGUGGUCCGACGACGGCGCCCACUCCCGUGCGGCCGUUGCCGAGCUCACCCUUAAAGAGCGCCGCGCCCUGCUUGCGGCCACAGCCCGAAGUGGCGUGGAGGCCAACCUGCAGCUGCUCUGGCGCGUCUGGGCGGACCACUUUCCUCUCCGCCAGGAUGUUUACGAAGCCGCCGCCUCCAUGGGGAACGUGGAGCUCUUCGCCAGCCUCCUGGAUCAGGACCUGAACAUGACGGUGCAAGACAUGGGCUUUUCGGUGCUGGAGGCGGCGGCCGGCUGCAAGAACCACAGCCGCGCGAUGGCCAUGUGUCGCUUCCUGGAGGAACAGGGAGCAACCAUGCUUGCCCAGCGCACACCAGGCAUCGCCGCGGCUGCUGGAAACGCCGUGCUCGCGGAAUGGCUGCUGGAACGCGUUGCGCCGGACGCGGCCGCAGCAGUGGCGGCGGAGAUUGCGGCGGCGGACGGCCCGCGGCCGCACGGUCUUGCGCGGCAGCAGCAGGCGGCGGUGAUUGAGGACAUGCUUUCGCAUGCCGCCAGCGGGCUGGAGCUGCAUGAGCUUCAGGCCUUCUCGUGCAAGCACGGCGGUAUCGGCAACCUUGGCAGUGCCAUAGCCGGGAGCAUCGGGAGCAGCAACAACGGCAGUAGCAGCAGCAGCGCCUGGCGGCGCUACGUGCUCUUCCACAUGAUCUGCAGGGCUUCGGUCAGUUCCGGCGCUACCUGGCGGGACAAGGUGCUGUGGCUGCACAAGCAAUGGGUGGCCGAGUGUGAGGCGGCGGCGCUCGCGGCAGAGGCGCGGGAGCGGCGGCGCGCGGCGGCGGUCACCGUAGAGCAGCAACUGGCCCUGGUCGCGGCGGGCGUGAGGGGCGUCUUCGCAACUGAGCUGGGUGCGGACGUGGCGUUGGGGCCGGUGUGUCUGGGCCUGCCCGACUGGAAGGCACGGGUGGAGCUGAUGUGUGGCCAGCUGGGCUGCCCCUGGGAUGCCUGGCAGGCUCUCAUGGCGGCCAUGGAGUGCGGUAACGCCUCCGCGGUGCGGGAGGUGCUGGCGCCCGCGGGUGGUGCAGAUCCGGCUCACAGGGAUGAACCCGGUAGUGACGGCAGCGGCGUUGGAGAGGUCAGCGGCGGCAGCACUAGAGCAAUGCCUCGUGAAGCGGGAGGAGGUGCUGCUGGUGGCAGCACUAGCCGCGGGGGAGGCGCAGGUGGCGGUGACGCCCAAGGUGGUGUAGCAGGCGAUGGCAGCAGCGCUGGGCCUCAGCUGCGGCUGCGGCUGGCGCAGCCGCCUGAUGUGCGGGAGCUGUACAAGAUGGCUCUGCACGCCGCCAGCCGCCCCGCGGAUGAGCCCGGCGCCGACCGGCUGGGUGUGCUGCAGGCGCUGCAUGAGCGCGGACUGCUGCCGCCGCGGCACCCCGACUCCAGGCCCCCGCCGGGCGUGGCAGUCCCUGCCGGUGCCGAGGCCGCAACCUACGGCAGCGAGCCGGGCUCUGUUUCCGACAGCCUCUCAGAUGAGGACGAGGAUGAGAGGGCACACCGUGCAUCACGCCGCGCGGCGCGCCUCGCGCCGCGCCCGGUCGACGGCUUCGCCUCCCUGCUGGGACAUGUUGUGAGCUGCGGCAGCCUGGCCGCGGUGCGCUGGUGUGUGGAAUCCGUCCUGGGCGGCGCGGGCAGUCCUGAGGCGGUGGCGCAGCUGGGGUUUGGCACGUUGGACCGUGCCGCCAUGGUGGGGUCACUACCGAUCAUGCGCUACCUGGUGGACGACUGCGGCUGCCCCACGGACCGGCUGAGCCCGCUGGCCUUCACGCACGCCUGCCUGUCCGGCAGCGAGGCCCUGAUGGAGUACCUGGUGCUGAGCAAGAGCUGCCGCAUGGUGGCUCAGGAGCCCGACGAGCCCUGGCUCACGGUGGCUGCGCAGGGCGACGUGUCCACACUCGCCUGUUUAGAGCGACUGGGCUGCCCAUGGCGCCCCAGCCCUAGCCUGGCCAAGCAAGUGCUACAGCGGGCCGAGGGCGGCCGCGUGCGGUGCGAGGCGGCGCUGCGCUGGCUGCACCGUGUCAAGCGCUGCGCCAUUAACACACGGGCGCUUAGGGACGUGGCGGCCGAGUUCGUUCAUGAGUCGUCGGGGUCUCUGGACCGAGAGCUGGUAAUGUGGGGCAUCCAGGAGCGGGGGGCUAGAGGCGCCGAGGAUGAGGAGGAGGAGGAGGAGGACCUUGAGGAGUUUGAUGGAUGGUGAGGCAGGGGCAAGGUUAUACCUGACGUAUGUGGACCCUAUGCCAGCUUUUGCGACUCGGUGGGCUUUAUGCGGCUUCAAUACGGUACUGUUGCUCGAGCCCGGGGUGUUAGAAACUACAUGGGCAGGGGCUGGCCCUUUGUAAUGUUGUUCUCGA